AUGGACCUGUUCAGGUCUUUGUCUCCUGCCAGCGUUUCUGCCGAAACACUCAGUCCCAGCACCGGCGCGUCCCGAGCCAACUCCCUGCCCCGCCCCACCAGCCCCAGUCCGUCGGUCGUCAGCGAGAAGGCGGAGGCGGAUCUUCAGGAUAAACAAGAGAGAGAAGAAGAAGAACGGAAACGAAAAAUCCAGUUGUAUGUGUUCAUCUCAAGAUGCAUUGCAUAUCCCUUUAAUGCUAAGCAACCCACAGACAUGACUCGGCGACAAACAAAAAUUACAAAACAACAGCUGGAGACAAUACAAGGACGCUUUCAGAGCUUCCUUAAAGGAGAUACACAAAUUAUGGCAGACGAGGCCUUCCAAAAUGCUGUACAGAGUUACUUCGAUGUAUUUCUUAAGUCUGAACGGGUAAUGAAGAUGGUACAGUCAGGUGCUUGUUCACAACACGACUUCAGGGAAGUGUUUAGGAACAAUAUUGAAAAACGGGUUAGAUCAUUGCCUGAAAUAGAUGGAUUAAGUAAAGAAACGGUUUUAACGUCGUGGAUGGCGAAAUUCGACUGUAUUUUUAAAGUUGGAGAUGAAGAUACUAAAAGGCCGUCGAGAAUGCAACAGCAAUCGUUAAACGCAGAACUGAUUUUAUCGAAAGAACAACUUUAUGACAUGUUUCAACAGAUAUUGGGAGUAAAAAAAUUUGAGCAUCAGCUCUUGUUCAAUGCCUUACAGCUGGACUCUAAUGACGAGCAAGCUGCUGCAAUUAGAAGAGAACUUGAUGGAAGAAUGCAGAAGGUAGCCGAAAUGGAGAAGAAUCGGAAACUUAUGCCAAAAUUUGUGCUGAAAGAAAUGGAAUCUUUAUAUAUAGAGGAGCUUAAAUCAUCCAUUAAUUUACUUAUGGCAAACUUGGAAUCUUUACCAGUUUCAAAAGGCUCCAUGGAUUCUAAAUAUGGAUUACAAAAGCUGAAACGUUAUAACCACAGGUCACAGGGCUCUCUGGCAAAGCUGGAAGGAGAUUCAGCAGACAGUGACACUCAACUCACAAAAAUGGAUGUUGUCUUGACCUUCCAGCUUGAGGUUGUUGUUAUGGAAGUAAAAGGACUGAAAUCUUUAGCUCCAAAUCGAAUAGUAUAUUGUACAAUGGAGGUAGAAGGAGGUGAAAAGCUACAGACUGAUCAGGCUGAAGCAUCUAAACCUAUGUGGGAUACUCAGGGAGAUUUUUCCACAACACAUCCUUUACCUGCAGUCAAAGUCAAAUUAUACACAGAAAAUCCAGGUAUGUUAGCAUUGGAAGACAAGGAACUUGGAAGAGUUAUUUUGAAACCAACACCAUUGUCAUCAAAGGUUCCAGAAUGGCAUAAAAUGCAAGUUCCAAAAAAUGCUCAAGACCCUGAUCUGAGGAUAAAAAUUGCUUGUCGAAUGGAUAAACCUUUAAAUAUGAAACAUUGCGGGUACCUUUAUGCCAUUGGCAAAGCUGUUUGGAAAAAAUGGAAGAAAAGAUAUUUUGUACUGGUUCAAGUUUCACAGUACACUUUUGCUAUGUGCAGUUACAAAGAGAAAAAGUCUGAACCUUCAGAAAUGAUGCAAUUAGAUGGAUAUACUGUUGAUUAUAUUGAACCUGCCAGUGACCUUGAGGGUGGGCGAUUUUUCUUUAAUGCUGUUCGAGAAGGGGAUAGUAUUUUAUAUGCCAGUGAUGAUGAAAAUGAAUGUCAUUUAUGGGUGAUGGCCAUGUACAGAGCAACUGGCCAAUCUCACAAACCCGCUCCUCCCAUCACACCAGCAGGAAAGAAUUCAACUAUAUCAAAAAUUCAAGGAGAUGCUGAUCGAGCAAGAAAACAUGGCAUGGAAGAAUUCAUUUCAGCUGAUCCUUGUAAAUUCGAUCAUGCUUCUCUUUUCAAGAUGUUGCAAACUCUAACUUUGGAUUAUAGACUAAAUGAUCCCUAUUGUUCUCUGGGUUGGUUUAGUCCCGGACAAGUUUUUGUACUAGAUGAAUACUGUGCACGGUAUGGUGUCCGAGGCUGUUAUAGGCACCUAUGUUACCUCAGUGAUUUAUUGGAUAGAGCUGAGAAAGGUAUCAUGAUAGAUCCAACGUUAAUCCACUACAGUUUUGCCUUUUGUGCAAGUCACGUCCAUGGGAACAGACCAGAUGGUGUGGGAACUGUUACACAUGAAGAAAAAGAAAAAUUUCAAGAAAUAAAAGAAAGACUGCGCAUUCUUUUGGAAAAUCAAAUAACAAACUUCAGGUACUGUUUCCCGUUUGGAAGACCAGAAGGUGCUCUGAAAGCAACCCUUUCUUUAUUGGAGAGGGUGCUUAUGAAAGAUGUUGUAACACCUGUCCCUCCAGAAGAAGUACGUGCAAUGAUCAAGAAAAGUUUAGAAACUGCAGCUUUAGUAAAUUAUGAGAGACUUUCCGCUGAAGCAAAGAUAGAAGAUGACCUCAGUGGGGAAGUUAUGGUGGCCCCAAGUAAGAAACUUGAAGAUCUUAUCCACUUGGCUGAGCUUUGUGUUGACUUGCUGCAACAAAAUGAAGAACAUUAUGCAGAGUUUACAUUAAAAUUUACCAAAACUGCAUCUUACAUUUAUGUUUUGCCACUUUCCUGUGCAUGUAUAAAGGUUGCUGUUCCUGUUCACAUUUGCAUGCUACUGAAUGAAAGUGAUAUCAUUUUGACAACACUAAAAUUGCACAAAACAAAAAACAAAAACAAAAAGAAACAACAAAAAAAAGCAUUUGCUUGGUUCAGUGACCUUCUUGUAGAACAUGCAGAAAUAUUUUGGUCUCUGUUUGCCGUGGAUAUGGACCAAGUAUUGGCUGAGCAACCUCCCGAUACUUGGGAUUCUUUUCCUCUUUUUCAGAUAAUGAAUGAUUAUCUGAGAACUGAUGACAACUUGAAGAACGGAAGAUUUCACCAACAUCUUCGAGACACAUUUGCACCACUUGUAGUGAGAUAUGUUGAUCUUAUGGAGUCAUCCAUUGCUCAGUCAAUCCACAAAGGGUUUGAAAAGGAACGCUGGGAAAUAAAAGGGAAUGGAUGUGCUACAUCUGAAGAUUUGUUUUGGAAAUUAGAUGCUUUACAGUCUUUCAUAAGAGAUCUUCAUUGGCCUGAUGCUGAAUUUCGGCAACAUUUGGAACAGCGGCUAAAACUGAUGGCAUGUGAUAUGAUAGAGUCGUGUAUACAAAGAACUGAAAAUGCAUUUCAACAAUGGCUGAAGAAAGGUGUAACGUUUACAUCUACUGAUUAUAUUAUCCCAUCAGAAAUGUGUGCAAUGGUUAAUGUUAUCUUAGAUGCUAAGAACCAGUCUUUCAAGUUGUGUGCGGUAGAUGGAGUUGAUGUGCACCAGUACCAUACAAAAAUUGAUGAUCUCAUAGAGAAGACGUCAGCCAAUAUGACCCAAGGCAUGAUAAGUAAAUUGGUAUCAGUACUGGAGGCAACAUUAUCCAAAUUGUCACGAUACGAUGAAGGGAGUUUAAUUGGUUCCAUCCUCAGUUUCACGAAUGUCUCAGGGUCAGGCAAAGAUAUGGGACAAGCCUAUGUUAAUUUCACUCGUAACUGUAUGGAUCAAAUACGAAGUAAAGUAAAUGAUGAACUCUGGAUUCUUAAUUUUUUUGAGCAAUGGUAUACUGCACAAAUUCAGCUGCUUUGCAACUGGCUCUCCGAAAGAAAUUAUAUUCAGACUUUGAGUUACAAGGUGUUAUGGAAGAUAAACUAAAUUCAAAAACAUACCAAACGAUUUCCCAGAGGAUGCAAACUGAAGAGGCAACGUGUGCCUUGACAAUGAGUACACGUCGUGAUAAUGAAGAUUCAGAAGGAUAUCCAGAAACCGGAAUUGAUGACGAUGGAGACAGGAGCAAACCGAAAGUGACAAUUAGAGAGACUCUUGGAGAAGAUGGAAACUAUGUGGCUAAAAUUACAAAUGUCACAACAAAUAUUGCUGGACGUAUGGGCAACAUGUUUGGAAAAGGAAUAGGUGGAAUAACCAGCAAGUUAGGUGGUGGCAGUUGGUUUUAGAAUAGGUUAACUAGACUUUUAGUUAAUGAGUUAUAGAUGCCUUUAAUUGGUCUUACUAGGGCUUGCUUUGAGUUUGUAUAAUGACUGAGCUCUGCCUGUGAUUUUUUGCCCCAGUAAAAUAAUCAGAUUGUUCUCGAACUCGCACUCAGAUAUGUCACAUGCAUUUGUAUCUGGGAUGAAGAGUACAUAGGUUCAUGUAUAUAUAUAAAUAUAUAAAUAUUACAGAAAAGGAAAUAACAUAAUAACUUGUGUUUCAUAUUUUGACAGAAACCUGUUUUGUGUAGCACAUUUUCCACAAAAGAACCUUUAGUAUACAUGUGAUUGGGGCCACAUGUUCAAAUUGCAACAAUAUUGUAAAUAGUAUAAAAAGCACCUAUAAUACUGAGAUUCUUAAUGCAUUUCUUGGAGAGCUCUGUACAUAUAUUUUCCCCUUUAUAUGAAGAAAACUGAAGAAAGUUUGCAUCGUUAACUAUAUAAACGACAAAUGAUAUUUGUUAUAAGCAAAUUUUACAUCUUUGCGCAUGACUCCAUAUUCAUAUGACAUCGUUGGCCACAUUUGUUAUGCAUUUUGAAUGCAAGUUAUCAUUUUGACAUUGAUAGCAUUUGGGAUAUUGGGGUAUUCAUCUAAUUUUUUACCAUUUUUAGCAUAAAUUAGUACUAAAUGUUAAGAAGUUUAUCAGUGUUUCUUUUUAGUGCAUGUAUGGAAUUAACAG